AUGGUGUUCCCACGACUCAAGUAUGCGUUCUGGAAGCUUACCACUUCUAAGGCAGAGCGAGAGGCUAGUUUAGAGUGGAUUAUUGGUGUAUUGCCAUUGAUCGCCUUCAAGAACCUCGUGUUCACCAAAGGCAGCCUCGCCGUCGAGUUUCUCAAGGAUAAAAAGACUGAGUUGGCUAAGUACAUUGAACCAAACCAGCUGGACGCGUGUUUCAUGAUGACACAGCUGAUGAAGCAUUUUAAGAAACAUGACCCUGAUGGGAAGAGCAAGGCAUACAAGCUGUUGGAGAAGCACGACGCUGGGUUCAAAAUGAUUGAGACGAUCUCUGCAAUUUGCUACAAAGCAAGCUGGCUCAAAUACUGCAACACUACCAAGCCUACCGAAUGGAAGGACCCGGAUUACCUCUAUAACUGGAUUCUAGCCAACGUGGUCCCGCGCCUCGCGCAAGUCCCGGAAUCUAUCGUCGAAGAGGCCAACCAAGUGAUCCUGUUCACUGACUACUGGGAGUACUAUGUCAUGUUCUUCUGGCAUCACCAGAGCCUCCGAAAGAUCUUCAAGAAGAGAAAGACCAGCGAUCUGUACCUGUAA